AUGCAUUGACUUGGAGUCUUUGAUAACAUUGACUUCGGGUCUUUGAGUCCAUGAAAAACCGUUCGCAUUUUCCAUGAUCUUUCUUUCUGUCUGUGACCCAAACCUGCUUCCCGAGUAUAUUCCAAAAUCGCCAUUUCAACCUCGAAGUUAUAAUCAAUUUACGAAUCAAACCAUCGGUUUCAAAAAGAAUCAUCAACGCACCGCUCGUUUGUUCAUUGUCGCGUUACGAUUUUCCAUUUCAAUUGGACGCUUUGAAACUGCUCAUACUCGAAGAUUUUCCGGUUUUUGAGCAUUUCAUUUCAUUCCAUUGGGUUAAGAGUUGGAAUGGGGGUCGUAGGGGCGACGAAGCAUUUGGAAUCAUCGAGAAUAAUUGCUGCGCUUGAUGUAAGUCAUUCUGAGGAAAGACUGGGACAAUUUACCAUGGAAAAUGGUGAGUUAUUUUUCCAUACCAAGUCAACUAAGUUCAAGAGGCAGAUAGUAUCUGCUGUUCGUGAUUUCCCCCCGGGGUGUGGACGAUUUGCUCAUUUGAACUCUUUGAGACAUGCUAAGGAUGCCACUUCUGUGGGUACUUCAACAGAAAGUUUGCUUAGUGGGGGUAAAAAUGUUGGUGGACAUCGUGGGGUUGAAAAGCUGAUGCUCUCAAAUGGUCAGGGAGACGAGACUGACUUGAUGAAUGGUAAUGAUGUGGAUUCUGUGGAGACAGUUGAAUCAGUAAGCGCCUUAGAGCAUGAAAGAUCUGAUUCUCUGAAGAAUCUACUUCAGUUAAACAAUUCGAGAACUGUUGAAGAGGCAGCUUCUGUUGGUACUGAGGAGAGUUUGAUCAGCAGGGAUACUAAUGUUCAUGGAAAAAGGGUUGAAAACUUAAUGCUCUCAACUGAUCAUGUGCAUGAGACUGACUUGAUGAAUGGUAAGGCUUCUGGUACUGUGGAGACAGUUGAACCUGUGACAGAUUUGGAGCAUGAAGCAUCUGAUUUGCUGAAGAGUAUGCAUCAGUUGUCAAACAAUUUGAGACCCGUUGACGAGAUAGCUUCUGUUGGUACCGCUGAGUAUUUGCUGAGAAGGGGUAAGAAUGGUGAUGGGCAGGAGAUUGAUAAGCUGAUGGUGUCAACUGGUCAGGUGGAUGUGACUGUCUCGAUGAUUGGUACGGCUUCUAGUACUGUGGAGACGGUUGAAUCUUUAAUGGCCUUACAGAAUGAAGUAUCUGAUUUGUUGAAGAACCCAUAUCAGCUUGGUGUGGCUACUCCAAAGGAAGAGAUGGUUGCUGUUCUUUCAGAUAGAAAUUUUUGUUCGCCACGUGAUGGAUCCAUUUCUGUUUCUAUUGGAAAUGGUCUUGAGAAGACUGCAGCGAAGAAAUGUCCUUCUCGAAGACUAGUAUCAGCUGUUCGGGACUUCCCUCCUCUCUGUGGAAGAAAUGCUUGUAAGUUUGGUCAAGUGAAGUCGUGUAUGGGUGAUGAACCAACACAAUCGAACACAGCGAAGACUAGUGUAAAACAAAUAAGAGAGGAUUUUCAAGAAGAGUUUCAUAAGAAUGAAUUGGGAGGGAAUGUUUCUGAAGUUAUUAGAGACAAGGUUCAACCUAAAUGCAAGGGGCAUGCUGUACAAGAAAUGGAGAGACGGGAUAAAUGUAAACCAAGUUAUAAGCUGAAGGCGGUUUGGAAAGAUACAAGAGAAAAGUGCAUUGAGAAAAGUCCGCAAGAAAGUUCACAGCUUCCGUCGAAUAGAGUAAUUGUGCUGGCUUUGAUGGCUCCGUCAAAUUCUCAAUUUAGGAAGGGGAGAAGGGUCCGCAAGCAUAUACCAGAUUGCAUUUGAUGAAAGGAAACGAAAGAAACUUCGUCUUAAAUGUUAGCUAGAAAGACCUAAAACUGCUUCCAGGACAGAAAAGGCAGCUAAACUCAUCAGAACCAUUCAUCAACAAAUGAGCCUUCAAGUUUUGACGUGGAGGUUGAACGCUGACAUUUUUCAAUGAGCCGGCUGCCCUGUUUUUGCCUAAAAGCUAAAAUGAUCUGUUAUUGGCACUUUGAAAAUUACACGUGGAGGAGCAUGAUGACUUUUGUGGAGUGCCAAUAACAGCUUCCGUUUUUUUUAUUUUUGUAAAGUGAAGUAUGAAUCCUGGAAGCAUGCUGUGGAGCAUCACAAUAGGAGUUGGUUAAUUGUUACAUCUGUUCUUUUUUACACCAUGAAAAUUUCCCCAAGCUACGGAUUUCUAGCAUGAAAUUUGGCUUUA